AUGAUGUUUGGGAAGGAGGAGAAAGAGGCGCUUUUGUGGACGAUCGUCGGGGAGGGAAACGCGCACAGGAUGUACGGGAAAAAACGGAUGAUGAAUAGGAGCGGGGAAACAGUUACGAAUGAGAACGAAGAAGAGGAAGAAGAAGAACGCUUUCUCCUGAGACGACGAAAACGACGAAAACGAGAAGAAGAUUCGUGUACUACUUUUCUUUCUUCUUUGUCUUCUUCUUUCGAUCGGUUCGUGUGGUCGAACGGACGGGAAAGAGACGCGGACGACGAAAAGUCGGUGCUCCAACGAGACUUACGUUUUGCGCUGGGACAGCUCUGCGCGGGGUGCGCGGGAGGGACGAUUCAGACGACGAAGGAAGCAGGGAACAUUUUGUUCAGCGAGCAGCAACGAUUGCGGGUGAAAUGGAACACGAGUUUGGUGCGAGCAGAGAAUGGGUUUUUUGAGCGCAUAGACGCGAGAGAGAAGGAAGAGAAGCGACGGUUGAUGAGAAGCGACGACGACGAAGAAGAAGUCGCCGGCGGAGAGAAGAAGGCGCCGCAAUUCGCCAUUCGCGAGCGCGACUACGAUUGGAUUCCGUUUUAUUCUGCGAGGAGGAGGACAUCGACGACGACAUCGAAGAGGAAGCGGUCGUUGAAUGUCGGUCGAACGAUACACGCGUUGGCGAUUGAAAUAAAGCCAAAGUGCGGAUUUACGUUUCGGGAAGAUGGGAAAUUGAGGUACGACGUGAAGACGAACGCAGAAGAUGGAAAAAGAGGGAAAAAGUCCGCGUACGACCCGCGAAAGUUUUUCGAACACUGCGAAAUCUGGUCCUUCGCCGACGGCGUGGAUUACGAGGCGUUGAAAAAACAGCUGGUGAGAGAGUUAGAGCACAUGAUUGAAACGCCGAGGAAUACGUUUCGAGUGAGAGAGGCAAAGACUGGCGAAGUGCUGUGGGACGCAACAAAAGGCGGUUCGAACGCGAAGCCGCGUUUUUCAAACGUCGUUUCCGAGGCGUUUGCCGGUAAAGUGUCUCUGAAAGAGUUCCUCGAACUCAUCGUCACCUCUAUACAGCAAGACGGCGCGCUUAAAAGGCUCAUUCGCGCGCAAAAAUACGGUCGCAUGGCCAACGCGUACGAUUAUUUCGGCCCAGACGAGGAAGAAAUCGCCAUGCGGCGAUUAGCACCGACGAGCAUUCGCCGAGCGCACGACGCCGUCCUCGAAAGCUACAAAAACGACACCGACGAUACCACCACCACAAUCACCAAGCAAAAACAACUCAAAGAAGCCUUUGAAAUAUGCCAAGACGCCAUCCUCUCCGCAAUCGCCAAGGACGCGUCCAUCAUACUCGCCGUCCGUCUCAUCCCGGGCGGUGGUAUCCAUCGACGCCUUUCUCCUCCUCCUCCUCCUCGUCGAAAAAGUGCAUCAUCUUCAUCGCUCGAUAUCGCGCAAGAACAAAAAAAAUACGACGCCUACGACCGCUCGAUGGAUAUCCCGAGAGGUUCGGGAGAGAUGAAAGACGGCGCGCCGAGGUUUGCCGUUUCCGUGAACAUCUGCGACGUGGGGUUGAAAUCCGCGUGGAAAAUUCCCCAAUGGGCCGAGUUAGACUCGUGA